CGCGGGGGGCCCGGUGCCGCAGCUGCCCACCGCCCGCUGCCCGCAGGCCCCAUGGACGCGGAGGUGCCGGCGCCCCGGGGGCUGUAGGAGCCUCCCGCCAGCCGCAGGUGAGGGUCGGGCGGGGGCUGGUCCGGGGGGGCACCCGCCGUGUCCCCCGGUGCCGGCGGUGCCACCUGUCCCCGUCCGUGCCCCCCCCCCCCCCCCCCCAGGCCCCGACGAUGUCGGGGGCCUUGAGCAAGCGAAGCGACCUGGCCAACGACAACAGCUGCCUGGGGCUGAGCCUGGGGCUGCCAGGCGCCCCCGAGCCCCUGCGCCCCAAGGCCCCCCCCGGCUCCCCCCAGGGCCCCCGCCUGUAUGGCAGCACCGAGCUGCAGGGCGGGGGGGGGCCGCCAGGCCCGGCCGGCGAGGAGCCGGCCAACGCCAAGUGGGUGAAGGACGGGCAGAACCAGCUGCGCCGGGCAGCUGAGCGGGACCAGAACCGCAACGAGCUGGCCCCCCCCCCCGAGGAGCUGGAAGUCUCGGCCCGCAACGCCCGCAACGCCGGCAACAACGCCGGUGGGGGGGCCCUGCCCCUGCUCAUCGACCUGCGAGGUGCCGAGGAGGAGGAGGAGGAGGACGAAGAGGAGGAGGAAGGCGACGGGGACUCCACGCCGGUGCAGAGUGACCCCAUGACGGCCGAGUCGGAGCAGAGUGGGGAGCGGGCGCCCCGCGAGCAUGGCCGCAGCGCCAGCCUGCUCUUCGGGGUGCGCAGCGGCACUGCCAGCGAUGAGGACUCCAGCUGGGCCACGCUCAGCCAGGGCAGCCCCACCGGCAGCUCCCCCGACGAUGCAGACUCCUUCUGGACCCGCAACUCCUUCGAAACGGACUCGGACCUGCCUGCGGGAUGGAUGCGGGUGCAGGACACCUCGGGCACCUAUUACUGGCACAUCCCCACCGGCACCACGCAGUGGGAGCCCCCCUCGGGGCUGGCCCGUGGCUCGGCCCCUGGCUCCCCGGGCAUCACCCCCUCCGAGGAGCCACCGCUCGCCUGGACGGGCUUCGCCCCGGCUGAGCGCUUCGGAGAGGGGGAUUUCUGGAAGGACCCUGCGGCGGACGAGGCAGAUGAUGAGCCUGGAGUGCAGGACACGGAGCCGCCGUCGCCGGGCCUGGCCUCGCCGGGCACUGGCGCGGCGCUGGCCGAGGAGGACAAGCUGGGCUCCAAGCGCUUUGCUGUGCGCUCACUGGGCUGGGUGGAGAUGAGCGAGGACGAGCUGGCACCGGGCCGGAGCAGCAUCGCUGUCAACAACUGCAUCCGCCAGCUCUCCCUGCACCAGCGCGGCCCCCCUGGCUCCUGGGGGGAGGGCCGGGCGAUGCUGCUGCUGCUGGAGAGCCAGACGCUGAAGCUGGUGGACCCGCAGGAUCAAUCCCUGCUGCACGCGCAGCCCGUGGCCAGCAUCCGCGUCUGGGGUGUGGGGCGUGACAGUGGCAGGGACUUCGCCUACGUGGCCCGGGACCAGCUGACACAGAUGCUGAAGUGCCAUGUCUUUCGCUGUGAGAGCCCUGCCAAGAACAUCGCCACCAGCCUGCAUGAGGUCUGCUCCCAGAUCAUGGUGGAGCGGCGAAGUGCCCGGGCCCUGGCUAAUGGCCUCUCCAUGGACCCCUCCAGGCUGGUGGAGAUCCCCUUCCAGGUGGAGUUCCCGGCGCCCAAGAGCGAGGUGGUGCAGAAGUUCCCGGUGUGCUACCUGGGCUGCGUGCCCGUUGCCAAGCCUGUGGGCAUGGACGUCAUCAAUGCAGCACUAGAGGCAGCACUAGCCACCAGCAGCAAGGAGCACUGGACCCCCAUUGUGGUCAAUGUGGCACCUGCCACGCUCACCAUCAUCCACGAGCAGACGGAGGCGGUGCUGUGCGAGUGCCGCGUGCGGUUCCUGUCCUUCAUGGGGGUGGGCCGGGAUGUGCGCUCCUUCGCCUUCAUCAUGGCCAGCGCCCCGGGUGCCUUCCGCUGCCACAUGGUCUGGUGUGAGCCCAACGCCGCUGGGCUGAGUGAGGCACUGCAGGCCGCCUGCAUGCUGCGCUACCAGAAGUGCCUGGAUGCCCGGCCCCAGGCCUCCAGCUCCUGCCUGCCCGCGCCGCCGGCUGACUCGGUGGCACGCCGGGUGGGCUCCUCCGUCCGCCGGGGCAUGCAGACCCUCCUGGGCAGCCUGAAGCCCAAGCGCCUCGGGGCCCAGACGCCAUGAGCCAGGAUGGGGGGAGCAACCAAGACCCCUUCCCCAUCUGCCACCCCCGGCAUGGGACAGGGGGAUGGGACGGAGGGGGCGGCAGCGCCUCGGAAGUGCGGGGCACCAGCGGGGGGAUGAGCCCGUGCCGAGCGGUGUGCGUGUGUGUGUGCAAGUGUCCCCAUGCGCCGAGCCAUGUGCGAGGGGCUGUGGGGCACGUACCUGCACAGGGGGUGCGCGCCGAGCAUGGUGCCGUGCUGUGGCUCUGCCCCCCCCGGCCGUGCCCCAGGGCGGUGGGCUGGGGGGGGUGUCCUGCUCUACACGCCGGGAUGAGCCCCCCGCUGCCCCACGGGGACGAUGGGGCUGGCGCGGCGGGGGUGCAGGGCCCACCCUGCCCCGAUGCAUGCGGUCUAACCUGCAGCGUGGGGCUCCCCGGGGCCACCGGCUCCGGAGCUGCCACUCCUGCUGUAAUGAAGAUCUGUGUCGUACUAAAUAAUUAAUAAACCCAUUCCACCA